AUGAGUUUUAGAAGGAUUAACUCUAGAUACUUUGAAAAUAGAAAAGGAAGCAGUAUGGAAGAAAAAAAAGCAAAGGUUCCUCCAAACGUCAACCUUUCGUUAUGGAGAAAGAACACGGUAGAAAGCGAUGUCCAUCGAUUCAAUUCUCUUCCAUCAAAAAUUAGUGGGGCCCUAACUAGGGAACAAAUAUACUCCUAUCAAGUCAUGUUUAGGAUUCAAGAAAUUACCAUCAAACUGCGUACGAACGAUUUUGUGCCCCCCUCCAGGAAAAAUAGGUCACCUUCUCCGCCACCAGUUUAUGAUGCCCAAGGUAAAAGAACGAAUACCCGUGAGCAGAGGUAUAGAAAGAAACUAGAGGAUGAACGUAUUAAACUUGUUGAGAUAGCCCUAAAGACCAUCCCUUACUUCGUUCCUCCGGAUGAUUACAAGAGACCUACCAAAUUUCAGGACAAGUAUUAUAUCCCGGUGGAUCAGUAUCCUGAUGUCAAUUUUGUUGGUUUAUUAUUAGGUCCUCGUGGACGUACGUUAAGAAAGCUGCAAGAAGAUUCGAAUUGUAAGAUUGCAAUUAGAGGAAGAGGUUCAGUCAAAGAAGGUAAGAAUGCAAGUGACUUACCUCCAGGCGCCAUGAACUUUGAGGACCCCUUGCACUGUUUAAUUAUCGCAGACUCGGAAGACAAGAUCCAAAAAGGUAUAAAAGUUUGUCAAAACAUUGUUAUCAAAGCGGUGACAUCUCCGGAAGGCCAGAAUGACUUGAAACGAGGACAACUGAGAGAAUUGGCGGAACUUAAUGGUACUUUAAGAGAAGAUAACAGGCCCUGUCCAAUCUGUGGUUUAAAAGAUCAUAAAAGGUACGAUUGUCCAAACAGAAAAAUCCCAAAUAUACAGGGCAUUGUUUGCAAAAUAUGUGGACAAACUGGACAUUUCAGUAGAGACUGUAACUCAUCGUCUCAAAGAAUGAGCCGUUUUGACAGAAACGCCACGGUAAAUAAUUCUGCGCCAAUACAGAGCAAUGACGUACACUAUAAUAGCAAUACUCAUCCAAUUCAAGCACCAAAAAGAUCUCGUUAUGACAAUAACUCGACGGAACCUCCUUUAAAAUUUCCGGCUUCUUCACGUUAUGCACCAUCACCUUCACCUCCUGCGUCACAUAUUUCGAGGCAAGCUCAAAACGUGACGCCUACACCCCCUCCCGGCCUAACAUCAAGUAGCUUUAGUUCCGGAGUUCCAGGAAUCGCCCCUCCCCCAUUACAAAGCCCUCCAGAGUCGGAACAACCGAAAUUUUCGCUACCUCCACCUCCCGGUAUGACUACGGUACAAUCCUCAAUUGCACCUCCUCCUGGCCUAAGCGGUCCUCCAGGGUUUUCUAAUAACAUGGGCAAUGACAUUAACAAACCUACACCUCCGGGACUGCAAGGGCCUCCCGGAUUAUAA